UUCCUUUUCCUGCUAGCUUGACACCAGGGUAGCUCCUUAAAAUUCAGUCGACCGAAGCACAUCUUUGGAAGUAAUCGCUUAAAACAAAGCGGACUAUUUCAGUUUUCAAACACCUGGACGUCGUGUCUGCUCGCUGCUCCGUGAUGAAGUCCGCUGUUUGCUCCGCGGGAUGCUUUAAUCGGUGAAAGAUUAACAAAAAGGUUGACUCGCCGUCUCCCCAGAUGUGGCCCCCGCCCCUGCUGAGACUCCUGUUCAUGAACGGCGAGGAUGCUUUGAUUGAGCGGCUGUGGCUCGGCCUGGAGGGAUGACAGGACUUCAGCAGACAUGGAGACAGGGGAGACACACACAGACAGCUGGAGACGCCAUGUUUACUUAGUCUAGCUUCUCCUCGUUAGAUCCACUCAGGACACGAAGAAACCCUAUUUUUAUAUUUUUAUACCCAGAGCUGUUUUUGUUAAGAUAUUGUGAAGCCAUAUUCAGCCGCCAUGAUGAGCUCGGAGGGCUUUCAGUACCGAGCGAUGUACGACUACAAGAAGGAGCGGGAGGAGGACAUCGACCUGCACGUCGGAGACAUACUGCUGGUCACUAAAGGAGCGCUGCUGGCGCUCGGCUGCACUAACGGAGCCGAAGAACGGCCGUCGGAGAUCGGCUGGCUGCCGGGCUUCAACGAGACCACUCAGGAGAAAGGCGACUUCCCGGGGACGUACGUGGAGUUUGUCGGCAGAAAGAGGAUGUCCCCGCCCACACCGAAGCCCCGCCCACCCAGACCACCAUCUGCGGCGUCAGUGAGGACUGACUCGGAGUCAGAGGGCUUCGUGUUGCCAGACCUCCCAGACCAGUUUGGACCCCCGGACACAGCCCCCCCCCUCCUCAGCAGACUGAUGGAGGCCAUAGAGACCAAAGGUCUGGACAGUCCAGGUGUGUAUCGCAGUCUCGGUGGAGGAGGUCUGGACACCCGGCAGCUGGCCGACACCGACCUGGAGCAGCUGGAGGUGUCGUCCCUGUGUGACGGGGUGGUCCGGUUCCUGCAGGAGCUCCCCGGCCCCGUCCUCCCCUCCACCCUGCAGGCCGACAUGAUUCACGCAGUGCAAGAGGUCCGGGACCUGGAGGACUGUGCCCAGGUGCUGCGUGGCGUGGCCAGCUCGCCAGCCUGCCCGGCCCAGUACGGCCUGACCCUGCUCAGCGUGGUCCGACACUUGGCCCGACUCUGUCUGAACGCCGUCAGGAACCAGCUGAGCCCCCGAAACCUGGCGGAGAGCUUCAGCCCACUGCUGUUCAGACAGACUGCAGGGUCUGAGUCCGGUUUGGAUCCUCUGGUUCAGGUUCUGGAGGUUCUGAUAACCAGCGAGCUCAACAUGAACCAGGCUGCACCAGCUUUGCCUCCUAAACCGGUGAAGUCUGCGGCUCCAGCAGCUGCCAGCACUUUCAACAACAGCAUCUCCCUGCAGGACGCCGAGUGGUACUGGGGAGACAUUUCCAGAGAGGAAGUGAACGAGAAGCUGAGAGACACAGCUGACGGCACGUUCCUGGUUCGAGACGCCUCCACUAAGAUGCACGGAGAUUACACUCUGACUCUGAGGAAAGGAGGCAACAACAAACUGAUAAAGAUCUUCCAUCGGGAGGGCAAGUACGGCUUCUCCGACCCCCUAACCUUCAGCUCGGUGGUGGAGCUCAUCAACCAUUACCGCCACGAGUCCCUCGCCCAGUACAACCCCAAACUGGACGUCAAGCUGCUGUACCCGGUCUCCAAACACCAGCAGGACCAGGUGGUGAAGGAGGACAGCAUCGAAGCUGUGGGGAAGAAGCUCCACGAGUAUCACCUGCAGUACCAGGAGAAGAACCGCGAGUACGACAGACUGUACGAAGAGUACACCAGGACCUCACAGGAGAUCCAGAUGAAGAGGACGGCCAUCGAGGCGUUCAACGAGACCAUAAAGAUCUUCGAGGAGCAGUGUCAGACUCAGGAGCGCUUCAGCAAAGAGUACAUCGAGAAGUUUCGUCGGGAGGGAAACGACAAAGAGAUCCAGAGGAUCAUGGAGAACUACGAGAAGCUGAAGUCUCGGAUCAGCGAGAUCGUGGACAGUAAGCGACACCUGGAGGUGGACCUGAAGAAACAGGCCGCCGACUACAGAGAGAUCGACAAGAAGAUGAACAGCAUCAAACCGGACCUGAUCCAGCUCCGCAAGACCAGGGACCAGUACCUCAUGUGGUUGACCCAGAAGGGAGUUCGUCAGAGGAAACUGAACGAGUGGCUCGGCCUGAAGAACGAGACCACAGAGGAUGAGUACAGCAUGGUGGAGGAUGAGGAGGACCUUCCUCACCACGAUGAGCGUCUGUGGCGUUUAGGAAACAUCAACCGCACUCAGGCCGAGUCGCUGCUCCGCGGGAAGAGGGACGGGACUUUCCUGGUCCGAGACAGCAGCAAGCCGGGCUGCUACGCCUGCUCUGUGGUUGUGGACGGAGAGGUGAAGCACUGCGUCAUCAACAAGACCGGCACCGGUUUCGGUUUCGCCGAGCCCUACAACCUGUACGGGUCUCUGAAGGAGCUGGUGCUGCACUACCAGCACACCUCGCUGGUGCAACACAACGACUCGCUCAACGUCACGCUGGCCUUCCCCGUCUACAGCCAGCAGAGACGGUGACCCGCCUCAACACCGAGAGCCGGUCUCACCGAAACGGAACCAGUACCACGACCACAGCAGACAACGACCCGUCCUGGUGCUGCAGAUCACAUGAUCAAAACAACCAAUCCAGUUCACUGAAGACUAAGCUUUAUGUUUUAGUGCUUUGUUACGUCCCGUAUAUGAACAUUUAUUGUGAAAGUCUUCACGUGGAGCUUUAGGAACUUCCCGGGAGAAAAACAACCUGCAGCUCCUCCUGAUUAAAGCUGCAGCUGAAAACAUGUCCAGAUGGUUUGGUGCCGAAGAUCAACACAUUUCAAGGUCGGAUCACACGGGAACCUCUGUUUGUUUUUCACCACCAAGUAUCGAUCACAUUUUUGACUGAAACAACGCCGUUCACUAAGUUCACCUUGAGCGUUGGCAGAGACACAGACUCGCCUGUCUGUGUGCCGCUGAGGUUCAGUAACGACAUCACAACAGUUUGGUUUUUGGUUCCUUACUUUCUGAGGAAACGGAUUUGAUUUAGGACUUCAGCUUCUCAACUUUAAAAACACGUCUCCUGUUGUUUCUCCAACACGCAGAAUGUUUCUUUAACAUCAAGUGAAGCUUCGAGUUUGAUCUGCCGGAUCCUCUGCGGCUCAAUCAUGGACAGCUCCUCAAUCUACUAUGAGUUUACAAGAUGGCCGCCUGCACCCUCAAACAAUAAAAAGUUACUUUUUUUUUUUUGGUCUCCUGAGGCGUUGAAGCUGAAUCAGGAUGUGAAGUUGCUCUGUAAAGUUAGUUUUCCCCUGAAGGAGCUUUGAUGGGAUCAGUCAUUUUGAUGAGCGGAGUUUGAACAGACUCUCGUGUGACCCCGACCUCAGACGUGUCCCUUAUUUUGUUUUUUUCAUUUCUGCUUCCUGUCUGUGGAGACUCGAGGUACUGAACUGGUCAGAGCUAGGACUCUUGAAUCAUGACACUGUAGAGCUGAUCCAGCACGCUUCAGCAGGACUGGACCGGACUCUGAGACUGUAACUGUGCACUGAUGAUGAUGAUGUCAAAGACACAAUGGCGGACAAUCUUGAAAGACUUUUCUUGCAAAACACUGUGAGUGACUGAACGAGGUUUAAAAUGAGGGCGACUCGACCGACCCGCAUUUUUCCAUCAGGAAACCUGCUUCAUCCAAAGACUCAACCCCCCCAGAACAUCCCAUCAGCAGCGUUCUUCAAGGUCCCGUUUCUUCAGGUUUCUAAGGAUUUGUUUGGUUUGCCGCCUCAGAGUGUCGUUUAAUUUCGCCGAGAAGACGGACGCAUGAUUCUUGUACUCUUUAAUUUCACUAAGAAUAAGAUUUACUGGCGCUGGAACUGGAUCUCUCUGGAUCUGCUCAAAGGAUUUCCAGUUUCAUGGACGGUAAAACGCCUGUAAAGAAACAUAAAAAGAUAAAAAGCUGAAUCACGAUGUUUCGUCUUUAUGGAUUAUUUUUCUCUUUGUGCUUUAAAGACAUUAAACUUCCUUUUUUAAAGAGAAACCAGGUACAGGAGGUGAAACUGUCUGCAGGUAUCACAUCUGUUGUCAACCACCUGGUAACUUCCUCAGCUUCGAGCUUUUGUUCCUCCACACUUUGGUCGCUUUGGAAAUCAACACGUUGCUAAAUGUUUUGGAAACGUCCUGAAUAGUUGGAGCUCUUUAUUUCAUUUCUCCAGAUGUUGCCUGAAACAGCUGUUAGACUGAAAACUGAGUGAUUCCUCCGUCACUGAAACCAAACUAGUGAAUCCAAACAAACAUCUGGAACAUUACACAGUAAAGUAGGAAUAAAAACUGUUGGUCUGAACGUCUGAAGGCUUUUACACCGUGAGAAACAUCUGGCUUUGUUCAAAUGACCCAGAGAAUCAGCUGAAAUCUGAAGAUUCAAAAAUAAGAUGUUUCCUUCAUUUCAUCAGUGAGCUUCGUGUAUCAGACGUUCGUUACCAGCCUCAUAUUUGAGAUUUUUGCACUGACAUUAAUAUUUAAGGUCAAAGAAAUGGGCCUCAUCUUUGGUCAGUGUGAAUCAAAUUAAAACCUAAUUAAUUAAUUAUUAAUUUGAUUAAUUAAACAAAUUAAUCACUUGGUUCACAAAUUGUCUGUUCCUCAGAGCCCAUGUUUUUGGGAACAUAAAUUACUUCAUAACCUUUUUAGAAGAAUGUAAUUUAUGUACAAAUUCAACACAAAUGGCUCCAGUAGUGAGCCCUGAGGAACUCCACGAGUACUGUUUUAUGUUUUAGUCCAGCGGUGGGGUUUAAUUCUCUGCUUUAAAUAAUAAUUGGUGCAAAAAGUCUCAAAUAUCAAAUUGAUUUGCUUGUAAGAAACAAACUGGAGUCGUUUCACUGCAGAUGAAAAAAAUGUCAUGGUUAUUAACAAACUGGAUUCUUCAGGUUCAGGAUGUUUCAGGCUUAUUUGUGUUUUUGGUUUUUAUUACUACGAGUUCUUGUCUUUACUGGGUGAAAAGAUCCUAAAAUCUUAUUUUGUUUUAGUUAAACGUGUUUCUGGCCUAAAAGUACAUUAUACACAUCUCAAGAAACAAUAUUCCCAUGAAUCCAGCUGUAGUUUCAUGGCAAAAUUACUUUUAGGGAGUAUUUUUGUUUUUAUUUACAACAUUUGCUUUAAUGACCAUUAAAAAUUAUUUUAUGUUUAAUUCUUUCUACAUAUUUCCAUUUUCUGACUCUUUUGUAUCCAGUGUGGCUGAAAUAUAUUAAUGUUAACAGGAUCAAGAGAAACCCUGGCUUUAUUUUAGGUUCCCCAACUUGUUUCAGCUUCGGGCCAGUGGUUCUUUCAAAAUGUUAAUAUAAUUUUUUUUUAUUUUUUUUUUCAUAACCACGCUGGACGUCAGAGGAACCUGUUUCCUCGGCUCGCUGGUGAUGAAGUCUCUUCCAGGUUUUGCGUUUUAACUCAAUUAUAAAUCUUCAUUCCAUGAAAUACAUAAAGUGUAUUUUCUGUAUCAGAAACUGUCGGUCACCUUUUGUUCUUUCUUCCUUCUCUCUUUGCUUCUCACUCAAGCUGUCGGUGUCAGAAUUGAGGACAAUAAAGCACCAGGAUCUUAAAUCUG